AUGAGUUUUCUCAGUGAACUACAGAAACGUAAAAGUGAACUGAAAGAGACAGAAACAGUUGUAACUAAAGUGGAUGGACGGCGGUUCGUGGAGAGAAACGCGGAAACCCUUGAUACACUCGACCCUUGCUAUGGCUUUGUCGUCGACACGAAACCUGACAAUACCCCUGUCCUUGUUGUAGACAAUUUGUAUAUAGGCUCUCAGGACUGUGCUGCAAGUGAAGUGCUGCAGUUGUAUAAUAUUCAAAGAGUUCUAAGCCUAGGUGUAGGAGUAGAUGUUAAUAUCUGUAGCAAGUAUGUCCAAUGUUUUGAUCUUCCAGAAACUGAUAUAAAGCCAAUUCUCGGAGCUAGUUUACCAUUUAUCCACGAGGCUAUUGAAAAUAAUGAGAAUAUUCUGAUCCACUGCAAUGCUGGUGUAUCACGGACGUCUAUGGUUGCCAUAGCUUAUUUAAUUAAAUACAGAAACAUGACAUACGAAGACGCGUACGCUUUAAUCAAACUAAAAAGACCGGCGAUAAAUCCAAAUGCAGGAUUCCGAAAACAAUUAAUGGCUAUGUCAACAUUCAAAGAUUAA